AUGGCCACAGAUCUAAUUCUUCUAAUGGAACGGACACUAACUAGAAGACUGGUCGAAAUAGAAGUGAAAGCAAAAGACGUAAAGAAACAAAUAGAAGAGCUGCAGAGAGAGCACAAGACAGCUGAGGAUAGUCUAGAGAUAAAGCACAAGACAGCUGAAGAUAGUCAAGAGAUAGAGCACAAGACAGCUGAAGAUAGUCAAGAGAUAGAACACAAGACAGCUGAGGAUAGUCAAGAGAUAGAGCACAAGACAGCUGAAGAUAGUCAAGAGAUAGAACACAAGACAGCUGAGGAUAGUCUAGAGAUAGAGCACAAGACAGCUGAGGAUAGUCAAGAGAAAGAGGACAAGGCGGCCCAGGGAGUGGAUGGAUCUAGGUCAUCAAGACAGACAGCGAGACACAG